AUGAACCCUGAACUAGGUAUGAGAUUCUCUUCUCCUGCUGAACUUAAUUCAUCUCCCAGUAACUAUGCAGUUGAACAUGGAUAUGACUUGUAUUAUGAGAAGAAUGACAAGGAUAGGUUGCCUAUAAAGUGUUGUAAAGGAAAAAGACCACAAUGCCGUUUUAGACUAUGGGCAUCCUGGAUGAAAGAUGAACAAACAUUUCAAAUAAAGUCCCUUAGAGAAGACCAUAGUUGUUCAAGGGCAUUCAAACUUGGGUCAAUUGUUACCUACAGGUGGAUAGGGAAACAAUUUGUCACUGAUAUUUUGGAGUCCCCUAAAAUGAGUCUGAGGAAGAUGAAAGCUAUGGUAUCCAAGUUAUUCAACAUAAAUGUUAGUGUUGGACAAUGUAGGAAUGCAAAAAGAUAUGCAUUGUGUGAAAUUGAGGGUGAUUUGAAGGAUCAUUAUUCCAAGCUGUGGGAUUAUGGAGCUGAAAUUAAAAGGGCCAACCCACGAUCUCAUAUAGAAGUGUAUGUGCAGCCCCGAAAUAAUUCUACUGUGAUGUUUGAAAGGUUUUAUGUGAGUUUUAAAGGAGUUGUUGAUGGAUGGUUAGAUGUGUGUAGGAAGGUAAUUAGGAUAGAUGGAUGUUUUCUGAAGGUCAUCUGUAAAGGAAAGCUCCUCUCAGUAGUAGGCAGGAAGAGAAACAAUAACAUUUACCCAAUAGCCUGGGCAGUAGUAAAUGUUGAGAACAAGAAUACUUGGAAGUGGUUCUUGGACAAUCUAAUGGAAGACAUAGAUGAAGGGGGUAAUGGUAAUGGAAUCACAUUGAUGUCAGAUGGACACAAGGGUAUAAUGGAGGCUGUGAAAGAAAGAUGUCCAGAAGUUGAGCAUAGGUUGUGUGCUAGGCACAUCCUUGCUAACUUCCAUAAAAGGAUUAAGGGUGAGUGCUACAUUAAACCUUAUUGGAGGGCUGUAAAGGCAACUACAAUUCCAAAAUUUGAACUUCCAAUGGAAGAAAUCAAGAGUUUUGAUGUAGGGGCAUAUGAUUAUCUCAUUCAAAGGGACCCCAAGUGUUGCUCAAGGGCUUUUUUUAAGGUUGGAAUGGGAUGUGGUGAAAUGGAAAAUGGUGUGUCUGAGAGCUUCAAUGCUGCUAUUGAAGAAGCUAGAAAGAAGCCAUUGAUCACUACGUUGAAGGACAUAAGGGUAUGUAUGAUGGAGAGAUUGUACAUGCAGAAAGGGAAAGGAUUCGGCUGGGAUUUGGCAAUUUGUCCAACUAUCAGAAGGAAACUUGGUAAACUAAAGAAGUUGAUUAGAUUUUGGGCAUCAUAUGUUAGUGGAUACAAGCAGUUUGAAGUUAUGCAAUGUAAUGAAAGGUAUGGUGUUGACAUGGAGAAGAGAGAAUGUGGAUGUCAAGGUUGCCAAUUGACAGGAAUUCCUUGUGUACAUGCCAUAUGUGCCAUAUCUUCCUUGAAUCUUGAUCCAGAGGAAUUUGUUGCAGAGUGGUUUACUAAAUCUGCAUUUCUUAGGGCCUAUGAUUACAGCAUACAUCCCCUGAAUGAUAGUACCUUGUGGCCCUACAUGCCUGAUUUUCACCAGAUACUACCUCCUACUAGGAGGUUACCUGGUAGGCCAUGUUUGAAAAGAAAAAGAGACCAAGCAGAAAAUAAACUCAGUGGGAACACAAGACAUACUAUGAGCAGGGUAGGUAUUCAACACAGAUGUACAAUUUGUAAUGAAACUGGAGACAACAAUGCUACAUGUCCAAUGAGGGGUCCUUCUGAAGCAGGUCCAAGUACAGCAAGAAAGAAGAGUAAUGUAAGAAACUGUCCUUCACAAGCAGGUCCAAGCACUCCAGCUCCAAGUGCUCCAACACAUGUCAAUCAAGAUCCUUUGACUCAAGACCAUGUCCCUGUGAAUGAAGAUCCUAUGAAUCAAGAGAAUGUGAAUGAAGUUCCUGUCAACCAAGAUCAUGUGCAUGAAUUUCCUGUGAAUGAAGUACCUAUUAACCAAGAUCCUGUGAUUCCAAUACCUGUUAACCAAGUGCCUGUGAAUCUUGGUGUUAGAGUGCCUAGGAGAUUUGGUGUUAGAGCAAGGAAGCCUUCAGAGAGAAUCCACAAGAUACAAAUCAGGAAGCAGGUUUUCCGAAAGGAUGGCAAAGGAAUGACUAAGGACAACACGGUUACUUUACAUUUAGACUGA